AUGUCAAGGUUCCACCCCAUCCACAACCGGAGUCCUUUCUCCGAUGAUAUCCUGGCAAACACUUUGCCACGAAGCUACAAGCCCAUUUCUCUGGAUUACGAUGGCACCACCGAUCCAGAGGUACACCUCAAUCGGUUUGAAGGAUUAGUCACACUCCAUAUGUACACCGGGGGCAUCAAGUGCCGGAUUUUCUCUACCACGCUAACUAGACCUGCCCAGUUGUGGUUUGGGACGCUCGCCCCAAAUUCUAUUAAUUCGUUUGAUGACUUACGAACACGAUUCUUGAGACAGUUUGCAAGUUCGCGGAGGGUUGGGAAGUCAGCCCUUUCAUUGAUGGACGUCAAGCAAGACCAGAAUGAAACACUCCAGGAAUACACUGCCAGAUUUAACCUCGCUGCUCAGGAAGUGCCAGAGGCAGAGUCGCAGAUUAAGAACUGCACGUACGUCAGGGGAUUGAAGCCAGGGAUCUUCUUUGAUGAGUUACAAAUCAGACCGGCCAAGGACUUUGAUGAUAUCAUGGCUAGACUGCCAGGUUAUUUACAGCUGGAGGACGCUAGGUUGGCGCGGAAAGCCGAAAAUGACAAGAAUAAAGCUAAGAAAGCUGAGGACGCAUCAGAAAGAAACAAUAGACAUCAGGAUUGGGCACCUUUCAGAGGGUUGCCCCCGAGGGUUCCUCCUCCCCAAGCAGACGUCCCACCUCACCAACAGCGAACCGUGAAUGAGGUCACUCGUUUUGACGAGUACACUCCACUGAACAAGCCCCAAGAGGAAAUUUUCCAUUUAGUAAAAAAUCAGCCGUUCUUCAGGGCGCCCGGGAGUUACAGGGACGGGCUGCCUCAACAGGGCCCCAAUAAUAAGCUAUUGAAUACCAUAACUCUUACGGGCAUUACACCAAGCAUUGCGGACACCUUAAGCACCAGUUGGAGCUCCUAG